AUGACAAACCUGGGGCGUCUCGCCGCCGUCCUGGCAGCAGCGCCGGCCGUCACGGCAAUCUACAUCAACGGGUCCGUCAUUGCUCCAUGCGACUCGCCAAUCUACUGCUACGGCGAUCUCCUCAAGGAGAUUGAGCUCGCGCGGCCAUUCGCCGACUCCAAGACCUUUGUAGACAUGCCGGCCCUCAAACCUCUGGAAGAAAUCCAAAGCGCCUUCUCCAAGCUCCAACGGCCCAUCGCCAACAACUCGGAGCUCAACACGUUCCUGGCGAGCUACUUUGCCGACGCGGGCCACGAGCUGCAAGAGGUGCCCAAGUCGCAGCUCAAGACGGACCCCCAGUUCCUCGCGUCCAUCGACGACACCGUCAUCAGGGAGUUCACCCAAAAGGUCAUUGACAUCUGGCCCAGCCUCACGCGCUCCUACAACGCCUCGGCGGCCAGCACCUGCGCCGACUGCCCCAGCAGCUUCAUCCCCAUCAAGCGGCCGUUUGGCCUCCUGCGCACGCGCGGGUCCUUUACCGAGAUCGCCAAGAACACCAUCGAAAACUUCCUCGACCUCGUCGAGCAGUACGGCAUCGUGCCCAACGGCGCGCGCGUCUACUACCUCAACCGCUCGCAGCCGCCCAUGCUGUCGCAGAUGGUCAAGCUCUACAUCGACCACACAAACGACACCACCAUCCUGGCGCGCGCGCUGCCCCUCCUCGUCAGGGAGCACGACUUCUGGAUGGCCAACCGCACCGUCGAGGUCUCGUCGGGCGGCCAGACGUACCGGCUGAACCGGUACGCCGUGGACAACACGGAGCCGCGGCCAGAGUCGUACCGCGAGGACCACGAGACGGCGCGCAACUCGUCGUACCACGCCGAGUCGGGCAUCAUCUACCCGGAGACGAGGCGGCUCAACGCCUCCGAGUACGAGGCCCUGUACGCCAACCUGGCGACCGGCGCCGAGACGGGCUGGGACUUUAGCUCGCGCUGGAUCGCGAACCCGCGCGACUCGGCGCGCCAGGUGUACUUUCCGCUGCGGAGCAUGAACGCGAGGAGCAUCGUGCCCGUGUGCCUCAACUCGAUCCUGUACGGCAACGAGCUCGCCAUCGCGGGCUUCCUCCGUCGCGCCGGCAACGCCUCGGCCGCGCCCGCCUGGGAGCGUCGCGCCGCCGACCGCAGCGCCGCCAUGCACGCCCUCAUGUGGAACGACACCCUCGCCGGCUACUUUGACUUUAACCUCACCUCGUCCGGCCAGGACAUGUACGCCCUUGACGACGACGCCGACGACGCCGACGACGCCGUCGAGGCCCACACGCGCGGCGGCGCGCCCCCGGGCCACAAGGUCCUCUUCCACGCCGGCCAGUUCUACCCCUUCUGGCAGGGCGCGGCGCCGGCGCACCUCAAGAACAACCCGCACGCCGUCCGGGCCGCCUACGCGCGCGUCGAGGCGUACCUGGGCAGCCGCAAGGGCGGCAUCCCCGCGACCAACCUCAGGGCCGGGCAGCAGUGGGACCGGCCCAACGUGUGGCCGCCCCUGAUGCACAUCCUCAUCAAGGGGCUGGCCAACACGCCCGCCACCUUUGGCCCCGACGACCCGGCCUACCGCGGCGUCCGCGCCCUGGCCCUCGCCCUCGCCCAGAGGUACCUCGACUCGGCGUUUUGCACGUGGUACGCCACCGGCGGGAGCACCACCGAGACGCCCAAGCUGGACGGGCUCGGGGACCAGGACACGGGCGUCAUGUUUGAAAAGUACAGCGACGAGUCGACCAACGUCGCCGGCGGCGGCGGCGAGUACGAGGUCGUCGAGGGUUUCGGCUGGACCAACGGCGUGCUGAUCUGGGCCGUCGACUUCUUCCGCGGCGAGCUGAAGAGGCCCGACUGCGGGGACCUCGAGGCCGCCAGGCACGGGGGCGGCAAGAGGAAGAGGGCGAGGAGCGCGGUCGAGCUGCCCGUCGCUGAUGCGAGGAGGAUCAAGAGGUUUGCGAGGACGUGA